CGCGUUGUCCAACCCUGUCGUCAACAAAUUGUCUUUAACCCACACUAUUCAUUAUUUUUCUUUAAUAUUUUUGGCAAUUGUCCGACUCGCAAAUUAUUCACCAAAAAACCAUUCGAAUAAAGAGCCGCAAGGGGUCACAGAAGUGCCUCGCUAGCAGGUAGUGGUGCAUCCAGCCAGGAAGAAAGAAGCCGACUUGAGUAAUACAGCCGAAAACCAACUAUCGCAUCCCGCCACAAAAUUUCUCCCCCGCCCAUCGCUUGCUCCGGGACGCCGCCGACGACGCUGCUUGCUGUAAUAUAUAAUUUAAUUGCGUUAAAAGUGCAUUAACUAAAUAAAAACAACGGACAAGUUGGAGAAAAUUAUUUACUAUGAAAUGGCAAAUGCCUUCGGCCAUUAGUGGCGCGGCUCAUGGCCAAGUGCAUAUACCCAGCAAUGAGGAAUGUGGCAUACGUGAUGUCUGGAAGCAUAAUCUGGAGGACGAAUUCCGCACAAUACGCAAAGUAGUGCAAAAAUAUCAUUAUGUGGCCAUGGACACAGAGUUUCCCGGCGUUGUGGCCCGACCUGUGGGCGAAUUUCGAUCCACAGCGGAUUAUCAUUAUCAACUGCUGCGAUGCAAUGUCGAUUUGUUAAGGAUCAUUCAGCUGGGACUGACAUUUAUGGAUGAUGAGGGUAAAACUCCACCGGGUUACUCAACAUGGCAAUUCAAUUUCAAGUUUAACUUGAGCGAGGACAUGUAUGCCCAAGACUCGAUUGAUUUGCUACAGAAUUCGGGCAUACAAUUCAAGAAACAUGAAGAGGAUGGCAUAGAUCCCACUGAAUUUGCAGAAUUACUAAUGAGUUCUGGUAUUGUGCUAGUGGAUAACAUUAAAUGGCUUUGCUUUCACUCUGGCUAUGAUUUUGGUUAUCUGCUAAAACUACUUACCGAUCAGAAUCUGCCCGCCGAUGAGGCGGACUUCUUUGAAUUGCUACACAUCUAUUUUCCCAACAUUUUCGACAUCAAAUAUCUGAUGAAGUCAUGCAAGAAUCUUAAAGGUGGCCUUCAGGAAGUAGCUGAUCAAUUGGAAUUACGACGCGUUGGACCGCAGCAUCAGGCCGGAUCGGAUGCAUUGCUAACGGGCAUGGCGUUCUUUAAAAUGCGUGAGAUGUUCUUUGAGGAUAAUAUUGAUCAUGCGAAAUAUUCGGGACAUUUAUAUGGUUUGGGCACAUCGUUCAUUGUGAAUGGCACCAAUUUCCAUGAGAAUAAUGGCGAAACGAAUAGCGCCUCAUGAUUUAUCCUGAUGAGUAAUGUUGUUGUACCGGAUAAGAAAUUUGAACACGAAUCAGGAGGUGGUGGUAGUGGUGGUGGCAGUGGCGGUAGUGGAAAUGGUGGAGGUGUAUUAGCAGAUGCAACAGCAGCAGCACUAACAACAACAACAGCAGCAAUAAUGACAUCAUCAUCAUCAUUAACAACGACAACAAUACCACAAAUAGCAGCACCACCAAUAACACUAACAACAACAACAAUAGCAGCAGUAACAAUAACAUCAAUCUCGUCGCCAACUCCAGUCAGGAUAAUCAAUACCAACAACAACAACAACAACAACAACAGCGGCAGCAGUCAACAACAGCAUUCAGCCGCUUUAUUGCAAUAAUUAUUUUCUUGUUUUUUUAUAACAUAAGAAUUUCUACACCGUUUAUAAACAAACACAUAGACACACACACACACACACAUACACCCAAAAACAGCACACACCAUCACAAUGUAACACACACACAUACUUCCCUUGGUGAGCGUUUGUAGUAAUCCAAUACCAAUUGCUACGCUAGGAUCUUCUUUUUCUAAAUCAAACAAGAAAAUUCGCUACAAAUUCAAUUCAAUUUAAGAACUAACAAAAUACAUUUAAAGAUAAAACAAAAACGCUAAAAAAAUAUUUGUAAAUCCAAAAGGAAAAAACUAAAACCAAAAUACAAUUUCAAUUUCUGCAUGUCUUUAAAUGUUGCAACACAAAACGAAAAAAAAAAACCAUACAAAAACAAAACAAAUUAAAACUAAGUUAACUAUUGUAAGCCCCACAGAUGGCGGCAACCAAUCUAGAAUAUUGUGUAUUUGUAUCAAAAAACAACAACAAAAAAAAAACAAAGGAAAACGGAAAAACCGUUUUACAAAGUAAUAUAUAAAAAAAAUAUUUUUAAAUUAGUGUAA